AUGGAGGAUAAUGCAUUGAUAUCAAACGCGACAGAGGCGAAGAAAACAAGAAGAAGCCGAGGUCGUCAGCGAAUUGAAAUCAAGAAACUGGAAGACAAAAGCAAGCGUCAAGUCACUUUCUCCAAACGUAGAAGAGGGUUGUUCAAUAAAGCUAAAGAACUUUCCACAUUGUGCGGGGGCAGAAAGGCUAGAGUGGAGGAGCUGAGCAUUCAAAAAUCUACUUGUUUAUGGCAUUAUGUUGCUGAUCAGGAAUUGAACAAGGCACAGUUCUUACAGCAGUUAAUGGUUGGGGGAAAUUAUGAUUGGUGUCGCAACUCUGACAAUUUCACUCUUGUUGAGCAUCGUCAUUGA